AUGCGACACCGUGGAUUAAUGUCUGCUGCUUGUGUUCGGCUCUCCUCUCAUUGUUUACAUUUCUAAAUGAUAUAUUCCUCCUAUUUCUGACACUGUCAUCGGCACAGUGUCAACUCUAAGCUUGAAAUUAUGAGAAAUAUCAACAAAGCGAUGUGAGAAGCUAAACUGCGAGACAACAUUUCAUACUGCUUUGCCUCGAACUAGCACUGGAUGCUAACUGUUUCAGCUCCGCAUCUUCAUGUGUCGCUCCUUUAUCCAAAGAUGACCAAUUAGUGAUGACCAAGUGUGCCUGCUACUUGGACCAUAAAUUCAACAACAACAUGGCUGUGGAGUUAUAACACCAGGCGAGCCCUGACAACAUCUUAUACGAUAACUUUUGAAGGUUGCACAAUGUUUGGUGCGCCUCAAAGCUCCAAGACUGAAUUCCUGGAUAAAGCCAGGCAGGCAAGAGAGGAGAGAAAAGGUCACAAGGAUAAGGAAAAUGCAGCCAUCCACAUCCAAUCCCUGGUCAGAAGAUUUCUGUGUCGCUGCAGACUACAGAAAGAACUAAGGAAAGAAGUAGAUGACUAUUUUCAAGCUUCUCCCGCAACGUCAAAAAGAAAUGCACUCUCACUUUUUAAAAUCGCUCGUAAAUUACUUUUUGUUUUUCACCAAGAGGAUAAGGCGAGGUUUGAGAAGCUGUGCAGGGCUAUUCUUACCAGCAUGGAGGUUGAAAAUGAGCCUAAAGUCUGGUAUGUGUCGUUGGCUCUCUCCAAAGACCUCACAAUCCCUUGGUUGAAACAGAUUAAAGAUGUGCUGUGGACCUGUUGCCAACUACUGAAAAGCUUAAAACCUGACAUACUACAAGACAACAAACUGGUAACGCUGUACCUCACCAUGCUGGUUACCUUUACAGACACGUCAACAUGGCGAAUCGUCAGAGGGAAAGGAGAAGCUCUUCGACCUGCAUUGAUGAGGAUUUGUGAGAAUAUCAUGGGUUAUCUCAAUCAAAAGGGAUUCUAUUCAACACUGCAGAUCUUGUUGACCAACGGCUUGGCUCGCUCUAAACCAUCUCUGUCCAAAGGCACUUUAACGGCUAUCUUUACUCUGUCACUAAGGCCGGUCAUCGCCGCUCACUUCUCAGACAACCUGCUCAGAUCAUUCCUCCUUCACAUCAUGUCAGUUCCAGCUGUGGUUACACACCUCUGUGUGCUCACUCCAGAGUGUAUAGCAUCAAUCCAGACUCACAACCUUUUAAGGAAGUUCAUCCUGUUUCUCAGCCGUGAGGAGCAGUGUUCUGAUAUUUGUGUGUGUUUAGAGGGAAGCCACACACUCUGCUUACUUGGUAACUUGAUUCACUUGGGCUUUCUUAAUGAGCGAGUCAUAGAGGAGGAGGCAAAUCACUUUGUGAAGGACCUAACUGACAUGCUGUCCUACUGCCAGAGAUAUGUGUCCCAAAAGAAGUCCAACCUCACCCACUGGCACCCAGUCCUGGGCUGGUUCUCCCAAACCGUAGACUAUGGUCUGAACGAAUCAAUGCCACUGGUCACCAAGCAGCUGCAGUAUCUCUGGGGCGUUCCUGUCAUUCGGACUCUUUUCAGCGACGUUCUCUCUAAGAAGUUGGAGAGUCAGGAGACCACUCCUUCGCCUCCGCAACCAAGCACUUCGCAAAACAACCUGCCAGUUAAAAGCCUCUUCAAGCGAGCGUUUCAGAAGUCCGCUUCUGUACGAAACAUCUUGAAGCCAGUAGGUGGAAAGCGAGUAGAUUCUGCUGAAGUACAGAAAGUGUGCAGCAUCUGUGUGCUCUACCAGACUGCUCUGUCCACUUUGACACAAAUACGCCUGCAGAUACUCACCGGUCUGACGCACCUUGAUGAUCUACUGCCCAAGUUGUGGGCUUUUAUCUGCGAGCUUGGUCCUCAGGGAGGCCUCAAACUCUUCAUGGAAUGUCUUAACAACGACACUGAAGAGUCCAAGCAACUCCUGGCUAUGCUCAUGCUGUUCUGCGACUGUUCACGGCACCUCAUCACAAUCCUGGAUGACAUUGAAGUUUAUGAAGAACAGACCUCCUUCAAGAUAGAGGAGCUCCUCACUAUCUCCUCUUUUCUGAACACAUUUGUGUACAAAAUGAUUUGGGAUGGUAUCUUAGAGAACGCAAAGGGGGAGAAACUGGAACUAUUCCACAGUGUUCACGGUUGGUUGAUGGUGCUUUAUGAACGUGACUGCAGGCGAAAAUUUACCCCAGAUGACCACUGGUUACGCAAGGACUUAAAACCCAGCUUGUUGUUUCAAGAGCUUGAGAAAGGCAAGAAGAGAGCCCAGCUGCUACUGCAAUACAUUCCGCACGUUAUUCCUCAUAAAAAUAGGGUGCUGCUGUUUAGGAACAUUGUCACGAAAGAGAAAGAGAGCCUUGGGUUGGUCGAAACGAGCUCCGCUUCGCCGCAUGUCACUCAUAUUACCAUUCGUCGCUCACGCAUGUUAGAGGAUGGAUACGAUCAGCUCCGCCGCUUACCUGUGAAUUCAAUGAAAGGCGUCAUUCGAGUGAAGUUUGUGAACGACCUGGGAGUGGACGAAGCUGGUAUCGACCAGGACGGUGUCUUUAAAGAGUUUCUAGAAGAGAUCAUUAAGAAAGUUUUUAACCCUGCUCUUAACCUCUUCAAGACCACAAGUGGAAAUGAAAGGCUGUACCCUUCGCCUACUUCCUACAUCCAUGAGAAUCAUCUGCAGCUCUUUGAAUUUGUUGGGAAGAUGUUGGGGAAAGCCAUAUAUGAGGGUAUUGUGGUGGACGUCCCUUUUGCCUCCUUCUUCCUCAGUCAAGUAUUGGGUCACCACCACAGCACUUUUUAUAGCUCCAUUGAUGAGCUGCCCUCGCUGGACUCUGAGUUUUACAAGAAUCUCACCUCCAUUAAGCGCUAUGAUGGAGACGUAGGGGAUCUGGGACUCACUUUAUCUUAUGAUGAAGAUGUUAUGGGUCAGCUAGUUUGUCAUGAGCUGAUACCCGGAGGAAAGACCAUGCAAGUCACCAAUGAAAACAAGAUCAGCUACAUCCACCUCAUGGCUCACUUCCGGAUGCACACACAGAUUAAGGAGCAAACUGCGGCUUUCAUCAGGGGCUUUCGUAGUAUCAUUAACCCAGAAUGGCUGCACAUGUUUUCUACACCCGAGGUCCAGCGUCUUGUCUCAGGAGACAAUGCUGAGAUUGACUUGGACGACCUUAAGAAGCACACAGUCUAUUAUGGAGGUUUUCACAGCAGCCAUCGUGUCAUCAUCUGGCUGUGGGACAUUCUGUCCAGUGACUUUACUGCUGAGGAGAGGGCAAUGUUCCUUAAAUUUGUCACCAGCUGCUCAAGACCUCCUCUCCUAGGGUUUGCCUACCUCAAGCCACCUUUUUCAAUACGUUGUGUGGAAGUGUCAGACGAUCAGGACACGGGGGAUACCCUGGGUAGCGUCCUCAGAGGCUUCUUCACAAUCCGCAAGAAGGAGCCUGGCGGCCGACUGCCCACUUCCUCUACGUGCUUCAACCUGCUCAAGCUGCCUAACUACAGCAAGAAGAGCAUCUUGCGAGACAAGCUGCGCUACGCCAUCAGUAUGAACACCGGCUUUGAGCUCUCGUAAGGCUCGUCGGGGAAAAAGGACCCUGGGCACAGGAUGGAUAUGCGGAGCGGCUCGACCCAGGUGAAAAGUUCUGCUCGCCGAGAACAUCGACAAAGUAAAGGAGGAGUCAUGAAGAACUACUCCUUUUUUUGUCUUAUUUUAACACCUGCAGGAUCUCCCUUAAAGUGAGAGGGAUGCUGAUUUUGCAGCACAAUCACAUUUUUGUCAUCUCCAUGUACUCCAAGGUAAUAUAUGCGUAGUAUUUAACUCCAUAAAAUCCAUAUUUAUAGCGUCUCAGUUUCUCAGGCUUAACAGAAUCUUUUCUUUUUUUUUUGUUCGAUCUAACACUCCCACUUGAAGUGAACUGGAAAGCAAUACAGAAACAAUGCAAGAAGCCAUUAGACACAAAGCGAUGCAUCGGUAAAUACAAUUUUUAGACUUUGGUAUCCGUGCAUCCUUGAGAGAAUAUCGAACAAGUCCUGAAGUGUUUUCCGCGGGGUAAAUGUGAUUUGUCCAAGUUGAAGACCCAUCACCCGUCCUGUGUUGCUUACACUACGUCCCAUUUCUAGGGAAAAUGCUGUUGAUCUUAUUCAAUUUCAAGACAUUGAUUUUAAUAUUUUACAAACAUGCUUUGUACUUAAACAUAUGCUUUAUUUGUGGUCAAGCACCAAACUCUCUGCACAUAAUUUUAUUUUCUAAAUGCAGUGCAAGCGCUUCACUUUUUUUUACACAUUUUGUUAUGUUACAGGCUUAUUCCAAAAUAGAAUAAAUUCACUUUUGUCCUCAAAUUUCUACACACAAUACCAAAUAAUAACAAUGUAUUUUUUUUUAUUUUUUAAAUGUAUUAAAACAAAACAAAAAUCACAUGUAUAUAAGUAUUCACAGCCUUUGCUCAAUAAUUUCUUGAUGCACC